GAUGUUGCCACCGGCGAGAAUACUGCGGCGCCACUCGGGCGCGGAGGCGAUGAACCUCGACGCUGUGCGGCAGCUGUCUAGCACGGCCUCCAUCUCGAUGCCGUUCCCGCGCAACAGCGCGGCGUCGCUCCUGCGCUCACCAUCGCAUGAUUUGGGUGGCCUUGUUCAGUCCAAGUCGACGUCGUCCAUGCCCGACGUCGGUACCGUGCCCAUUAUCGGUGGUGGGACGUUCCAAGUGCCACCGGCCGUGCUCCGCAACGUCGGCCACUCGCGGGCUGGAACGGCGUCAUCGAUCCACGACAGCUCGGUCAACGGGUUGAUGGUGACAGGCGAGAUUGUCAGCGCGUCGUCACCGAGGAGGACCGUCUCUUCGCUCGCCAACUCGAGCAUGCUCUCAAGCUCGUCCAGCUCGAGCAUCCAGUCGGCGUCGUCAUCGUCGUCGACGAUGACGACGGGCGCAGACGCAACGCGGACGGCCUCGAUGUCAUUAACGUCACGUGCGACACCGCGUGUGCUCACUCAGUCGGCGCCGCGAAUGGGCAACAGGCUAUCGCCACGCCGGGGGUCACCACGCCAGGCGUCGUCGUCGCGGGACCCGUCACCGUCCUCGUCGGCGCUGCCCACACCGACAGACACCCCCCGUCUUGCCUGAGCGAGGCGAGCGGUCUUCGUUUAGACGGUGCUACACGUUGAGACUCGGC